AUGGUGUGGCGGGCGGCACUGCGGACGCACCCCAAUCGGGCAGCAGCGUCACGCGGUUGUGCUUUGCGCUCUCCGCUGCAGCUCCGUCUCCGGGCGACGGGGCGCUCUUCCACAUCUCCACGUGGCGGGGCGGACGUGCACUGCGAUGGCGGCCGACGGACGGGUCAUCAUAUUUAUUUGAGGAAACGAGAAAACACGAGCAAAACGAGAAAAAGAAAAUGCACGAGCAGCGUUUGGCAGGGUCAUGAUGUGCACAUGGCCCGUCGGCCCCGCACUCGCAAGACGCAGCACUGCAGUAACAAUAGCAUCGUGCAACUGUUGCGCUACUCCUCUCUUUGUCCUUGA